AUGCACAAGGAAAGGCCAUCAUCAGCAGCAGCAGCAGCAGCAGCACAGACAAAAGGAAACAGCAGCAGCAGCAGCAGCAACAAAGACACAAGCGAGCAGCAUCAGCCGAAUCAGCAGCAAAGACACAAGACAAAAACAGCAGCAGCAGCAGCAGAAGCAGCAGCAGCAGCAACAGCAGCAGCAGGAGAGAAGUACUGGGGUCAUGGUGCGGCUGUCUAUGGCGGGGUGUAUAUGCAGCUCGAUGGGGGUCUCCGUAGGCCGGGGGAGGAGGGCCCCCACGGGCUGCAGCUUGUGGGCCCCCACCACGGAGACAGGCAGCAGCAGCAAGCCGAGCUGCAGCAGCAGCAGCAGCAGCAGCAGCAGCAGCAGCAGGGGCGGCAGCAGGAGGACACACAACACAGCAGCAACACAAAUGCAUGCAUUUACACAACACAGAAACAGCUACCGUCUCAUCCUGCUGCUGCUGCUGCUGCUGCUGCUGCUGCUGCUGUCUCUAUACUCUUAUAG